GGCGAUAUAAACGCAGAUCGCGGAGGCAAACGGAGUCAACGGAGAUUGGCGAGGAGAUCGGCAGCGAGGGGGACCCGCGCACGGGGAUUACGCAUAUUCGGCCGUGAUUCACGCUUCCUGCUGUUGCCAGCCCUGAUUCGUGAGAUCAUGGUCGACCGAUUGGUAAACAGCGAGGCCAAUGCCAGGCGCAUCGCGAUGGUCGAAAACUGCUUCGGCGGUUCGGGUCAGUGUUUCUUCCUCCCGCAGCCGCUCGCGGUACCCGGCCGCGUCCUGGUGGGCGAGGGGGUCCUGACGAAAAUGUGCAGGAAGAAGCCCAAACCUAGACAGUUCUUCCUGUUCAACGACAUACUGGUUUACGGAAAUAUCGUGAUUAAUAAGAAAAAGUACAACAAGCAGCAUAUAAUACCGCUGGAGGAGGUAAAGUUAGAAUCGCUGGCGGACGAGGGUCAAUAUCGUAAUGGAUGGCUCAUUAAGACAGUAACAAAGUCGUUUGCUGUUUAUGCUGCUACUCCAACAGAAAAGCAAGAAUGGAUGGCACAUAUCACAAAAUGUAUCGAAGAUUUGUUAAGAAAGAGCGGCAAAAAGCCCGUCGAGGUCCAUGCGGCAGUUUGGGUGCCAGAUAACGAAGCUACAAUUUGCAUGCACUGCAAUAAAACACAAUUCACAGUAUUAAACAGACGGCACCACUGUAGGCAAUGUGGAGCGGUAGUUUGUGGUCCGUGCAGUAAUAAAAAAUUACUACUGCCUGGACAGGGAAACGGAAAAGCUGUCAGGGUCUGUUUACAAUGUUAUGAUGCCGCUAGUAAAAUCAAAGCUAUACCCGCGACUGCUGUGGAUAGCUUAAAUAACAAAGAUCCGCAACGUAAUUCCGCUGAUAGUUCAGGAGGGGACAGCUCUGGAGACGACGAUGAUGGGAAUAAGGAGGAGAAUCACGAUGAGCCUAAAUUCUAUUCCACACUCGGCCGAUGAAAAUGACUGUAUACCGUACCGAACGAGAUAUAAAAGAGAUAUGAAAAUUCUAUAGAAAAAUAUUUUUACAAAUUAUUAUCGAACUUAUGUUAUCUCGAAUAUUAUGAAUAAUAAGAAAAGCUUAUUGGAAUAUCAUUCGAGAAAUAUCUCUAAACAAUACAUUCGAAGGAUUGAAAAGAAAGUUAAUUACAGACGACUUGAAAUUCUGCCAAAAUUCACGAAGCAUGUAUCAUUAUACAUACACCUAAUUUGCAUUCUGCAGUUUCUAGUAAUAAAAGAAAAUCACGCAUUUUAUUAACGCAAAAUAAGAAAUAGUAAAAAUGUAUAGACGACUGAAAGAACAAAAGAAAGUACCAAUAUAUUUUUUGAAAUACCAGAAAUGCACAUUAGAAAUUAACAAAGAUUGUAAUUGGUUAAUACAAUUACAUAACAAUCAACGCAUAUGUUACAUAUACCGACUAAUUAUAAUUAGAUCCCUUUUCUGAAACCCUUUUCAUCAACGUACGUAUAUUAAGAAUAAUGCCACCAUUGUGCCUUUUUACAUUAUUGAUCAAUAUCAGAUGUAAGUGAGCGAUGUAACAUUUAAUGCAACAUAUAGAAUUCGGAAUGCAAAAAAUAGUUUUUAAUGUAUACAUUUCUUUUUAACUAGUAUUGCAAAUAUGUUACAAGAAAAUACGUAGCACUCCAAAUGCAAUAUGUGAAUAAACUUGUUGUAUUAAAUAUCAUAAAUUUAAUAGUGUUAUUUGAUGAAAUAGUAAAAAAUACAUUGAUUAUCUUUUGGAUGACAAAUA